AUGGGGCAGAGCCAGGCCCUGGAAAAGGAGAUCAAUUUUACCUUGACGGAGCUGACCCAGUCUAAGGCCUUUCCGAGCGCAAUCGAGCAGGUCCAAGCGACCUCCCAACAAGAGGCCACUUGCUUUCCACAAGUAGCAGGCUCUCAGGUCGGUGAGAGGACGACCUUGCCAUCUCAGGCGCCUGAGGUGACCAAGCUCUCACCCCAGGAGGUCACAAGCUUCCCGGCCGGAAACCGCAAGGCAAGCAGGAAUCAGGAGGUGGAAGUUACCAUGGCCGAGCCACAGCCUAGACCCCGGCGUGCUCCAGAGAGGCCGUCGCCUUCCGCAUCUUCAGGCUCUGAAUCAUGGGGCGACGCUCAUGCGAUUCACACCGCGGAUGGUCUUGAAGAUGUGGGGAGAGCUUUUGCGAACAGCAAGACCUUGCAAGUGUGCCACAAGGAACCAAUCGCCAGCCCCAAGGACAGCGAGGACAGCGAGGAUGAAGAGGAGGAACAGGAAGAGGAGGACGAUGAGGAAGAGGAUGAAGAAGCAGAGGAGGAUGAGGAAGAUCCAGAAGUGGAGGAGGUUGAGGAGGAAGUGCAGGACACAGAGGAAGACUCAGAGGAAGCCAUUGAAGAGGCCAUCUCAAUGGACAAAACGAAGCAGCCUUCAAUGGAUUCAGUCCAGGAGGAGCCAUGCCGCAGCCAACCAACCUUCAGUGUUGCCCCACCAUUGCAGGAUGAGGAAGACAUCAGUCCUGCGCAUGGAAGAACAACUCACAGCUCGUCACGAGUAACGUUUGGAAGCUGGUCCUUGGCAGGAGCUGAGAGUCGCCCCGAGUCCUGGCAGGAGCCAGAGUUCCACUUUCGCUCCUACACGAGGACCACAUUCAGAUCUUCGCGCAGUGAAGAUGCCGGACGCUCCACGCCGGACACGGCUUGGACGCGAAGGACCACACUGGCAGCGAUGUCUGGCGCCGUCCGCUCAAACUCUGCAAAGCUCAGCCGGCUGGAGACGCCAGAGUUGACUAUGGCCUUUGAGCGUGAGUCUCCUGAUGCCGACGCCAUGGCGGCUGCUACAGCCUAUCCAUUGACAAGACAGGCUGCCAAUGAGGUUGCCGAGCCUGCCACGGUCUCCGGCUUCCGCCCGUGUCGCCAGCGGCGCUGCGUCACCAUGGCCGCGAAGCCUGCAGCGGCAGUGACGCUGUCCAGGCGAUCGCAAAGCGCAGGCAGUGCGCCGAGUGCCGCAUCCGCGCCAUCCGUGCAGGCCGCAGGCGUACGUGCCAUCCAGCCAGAGCGGCCGCAAACAACGGGCACGCCAAGAAAGACUGGAUGCUUGGCAUGGGGCAUGCUGGGCUCUUUGAGCGCUGCGUGGAGAGCGAGGGGCAAAGACCUUGGUUCGGGUGCUGCAGAAGGAGAAAAGAAGACGGCGUCCACGGACAGCAAGAAGGCAUCGCAAGUGGCGGCGGCGAAAAGGAGGAGAAAAGAGACAGGGCCCACGAAGAUCGCUCCGAAACCGGAACCCGUGCCCAUGAACCAAAGGAGACCGACCCCCAUCAAGAUGAAGGACUUGGUCAAAUCCUCAACCGACGUACACGACAGGACCUGCUUCGGAAACCCUGCCAAAGAAGGCCCUGAGGCCCACAAUGAUUAUUGCGAUGUCAUCCACUACGAGCUAGAACAGGAGGAGGGCAUUACGCCGAAUUGGUGUGUACCAUAG